UCCCUUUGCAUCCCAAAGCCAAAACCACGUCAGCACUUGCAGUUGUGGAAGACUAAAAGGAACUAUGGCCUCGCACCAAGAAUGGCUUCUGUGUUACAAGGGGGAUGUCCUCGUUUUCCGGUCGUCUCCGGGACAUGCUGCAGGUAAAGGACCCGCAGAGCCGCCCUGGUUGCAGGCCCGAAGAAUGACAUUUGACAGAGAAACGGGGACCUUUGUGCAGAAGGCCACCAGCUUUGUGAGCCUGCAGGAAGGAGAUGGUCCUGCACAAAUCAUGUGUUGCAACUGUGUGUCAGAUUUCAGAACUGGAAUGAAUGUCCCGUGUGUUCUGGUACAAUGCACGGAAAAGUGUGAUGCCUUCAUAUAUAUUCUACUAUUUCUUCACUGGACCGACACGUUUGAAAAACGCUUGAGAGUUCGACUCAACUACCAGUUGCACGAAUUCAGAGUUCUCAAUGGCCCUGUGCUUUUAUGGAAACAUGUCCAAACCUUCUACUAUAUUUCUUCAAAAGCCGACCAAGUUAUUACUGUGCCCAUAAAGCUUUCGACUCUGAACUGGGCUGGGGAGAUCGAAGAUGUAGGCUUGGCUUUACUAGGAAUAAAGGACUAUUCUUUGGAGGAGGAAGUAUUUACCAGAACGACUUCCAAAUUCGAUCUGGCAGUCCAGAAUACCAGAUUUUGCCUCUUUUCUCUUGAAAGUCAGGACAAGUUGAGUGAUUCUUACAUUAUCCCUGCUGGUUAUACCAGUGCCAUAACUUUCGUGCAUGUCUGUUCGAGUGAGUUUGUCAACGGCCAGUUCAGAAUAUCUCUUAUUGUCCUGACGGAAAAGAAUCAACUGAUUUCAUUUCAAAAUGGAAUUCCACAGGGUGUCUGCCAGUUCCCAUUUGGAGACCCAUGUUCUGUUCAACUGAUGGAGGGCGGUGAAGACCUUGUUUACCUUGUAUCCUUUAAGUCUAAUAAAGCUUGUGCUGUAUGGAAUAAGAACUUUCAGAUUGCUGCUAAGUGGGACAAUAUUAACUCAGUCCUGAUCGAUGACUUUGUUGGAACUGGGACUGAGCAAGUGCUGCUAUUUUUUAAAGACUCUUGGAAUUCAGAUGGUUGGAGUUCAUUUCAAAUCACCAAUUUUGUUGAUAUAAACUAUCCAACUGAUCCUGUGGAAUAUAUUGAAGACGAUUUAGAAGAUGAUAAAGAAAAGAACCAUUGCUUGGUGAUUCCUCCUCUAAGAAGAAGAGUGCAAAUUGGGAUGGCUUCUAUUCAGGACUGGAAGCAGCAUAUUUUGCUGAAGGAAAAAUUUAUUUCAAAAUGCUGCGAAACUUUUCUUAACCUGGUUCAAGGCAAAGAUGAUUGUACUUCAAGGAAUCAGGAGGACUGUCUUGUUACUCUAUGUGGGAAUGAGGAAACUUCUGUCAGUAUGUCUGAUGAAAAGCCAUCAGGUGAAAUUCAGCUUUCAGAGGAGAUAGUAGAGAAGAUAUGGUAUCGGAUAUUAGACGAUAACUUGGUUGUCGGAGUGAAAACCACAUCUUCGCUGCUGUCCCUAAACCAUGUGACUUUGUCACUAUUAAUGUGGCAAACCAAGAGCUCCAGCUGCCAGCCCAUUAAGUGUCGGAACAGGGUGAUCCAGCUGCGGAGAGAGUCAUUGCCUGUUCCAGUCUAUGCACCGUCUGAUGUGGGAUCAAAGGCAAAAAGGAUUAAGCUGAUGGCUGAUGGUGAGGGAGAGAGAACAAGCUACCUUUUGGGCCAACAUGCACCUGAGAAAGAGAAGAUGACUUGUGUCAUCACUGCUGUGACAGCGCUUUCUCCCCUUUUAGCCUUUGGGGAUUUUUGUUGUGUUGUGCUACUACAGUUCAGCAGAGCCCCAGAAAGUGGAAGCACUUCUGAAGGUGGUUGUGUUCAGUGCGGCAGAAUCUCCUUGAGUCUGGAAGACCUGUCGAGAGCCAAGUACCUUGUGACAUUCCCAGAGAUGGGGCCUCCAGAACAUGUGGAAGAUAUAUUUGCACUCCUUGCAGCCUUUCACCAAAGUUGCCUGCAGGUCUCAUCACCUACCUAUGUGCUGACUUCUGUCAAGCCCUGGCUUAUGCAUCACAUGCAGUGUGAGGGCUUCAGAGAAUUCCCAGAAAUUUGGUUUUGCAAAAGGUCAGGAAGUGUCUAUGGGACACUCUUCAAGUGGGAACAGACCACACCAUUUGAAGGGGUUUUAUUCAUCUAUUACAGAAACUACCCAGUUCUGUUCCAGUGCCUGCAUCACCUUAUGACAGUGCUCCCUGUAGAUGCUUUCAUCAAACAUCUCAAAUCAGGACGAGAAAACACUCUCCUUGAUCAGUUGGCAUGGAGUCUGGAGAAGGAGUCCAAUGCCCUGAGUAGCCUGUCUUCCGCCUUAGCCACAAAUGGACAUGAGAACUCCUGGUUCCCGAGUUGCCAGGCAAGUAAAGAAGAAACAAGUAAUGACAGUGCCUUGGUUUUAUCAAAGAAAGACAUCCAUCUGCUCCGGAGAGAACUGGAAGAAAAGAAGCAGCAAACUGAGGAGGCAUGGGGCACAAAAGUGAGUGGUGCUCUAUAUAGAGAAAUGAUUGUGAGAUUAACUGACAUGGAGUUGGAUUCUGACCUUAUUGUGCAGAAACUGACCCAUUUUUAGUUAGACUUAUUGUCAGAUUAUUCCUAAAACUUGGUUUGUCCUCCCUGGGUGUUUAAUUCUGUUCAUUUUUGUGUCCUAGCCUAUUGCCUAUGUCAGGGGUUUGCAAUCUUUAAGACAUAAAGAGCCACUUGGACUCAUUUCCAAAGGGAAAAAACCUGGGAGCCACAAAACCAUUGUGACAUUUAAAACAAAUAUAGUACUGCAUACAUUGUUUCUUAU